GCGGCCUUAUGGGGUAGAGCUCCUCCGACCGGAAGUUGUCACCGUCCAGAUCCGAACAGUUCCUUCUUCCGCAAACAGAGCUCCCUGUUUCCCGUCUAUCGGCUCAUCAAUGCGGCGGGUCACUUCUACCUUUCGCUUCCUGUUUCUGUUUGAUUUUCUUCACAGCUUCGGAAUUUAUGAGUGAUUGAUUUGUGACAUGACGGCCAACAGCCGCUGUUCUGUCGCGGAACCUCCGGGGCUUGAGACCCAGCGGCGGGAAAUCGAGUCUCUGCUGCGGGAGAGUGAGCUCCAGGCAGGGGACAGUUGGUAUGUGGUGGAUCAUCGCUGGUUUGAACAGUGGAAGGAGUUUGUGGAGAGUGGAAACCAGAACUCGUCGUCGUUCCCAGGCCAGAUCGACAACGCUGAGCUGUUCGAGGAUCUGGACUCGUACCACCUGAAGGAACGUCUGGUGGAGGACGAGGACUUCGUGUUAGUGCCGGCAGAGGCGUGGCACAAGCUGCUGGUGUGGUACGGCACAGUGGAGGGGCAGCCGGCACUGGAGCGGAAGGUGGUGGACUUGCCCAGCACUCUGAAGGUGGAGGUUUACCCUGUGGAGGUCUUCCUCUGUCUCCAUAGCAACAUGGAGAACAUCAUCACUGCUCAGUUCAGCCGCACCGACAGCAUCAAUAUGAUCCAGGCAGCCAUGUGCCGGGCCUUCUCGGUACCACCCGGCUCUGAGUGCCGUCUGUGGAUGAAGAGCUCGGACAGCUGCUGUGAGCGACUCAGGAACGUCCACAUGAGUGUGUUGGAUUCCUGCUUGAGCUCAGGGAUGACGGUGAUCAUGGAGACGAGGAAUGCUGAUGGGACCUGGCCUAGCUCCAGACCUCAGAUCAUGAGAAACUCUGUAGAAGAUCAGGACUCGUACCGAGGACAGCCGGGGGUGUGUGGACUCACCAACCUGGGCAACACCUGCUUCAUGAACUCAGCCUUACAGUGUCUGAGCAACAUCCCCCCCCUGACUGAGUACUUCCUGCAGAGCUCCUACCUGGAGGAGCUGAACUUCACCAACCCUCUGGGGAUGAAGGGUGAGAUCGCUGAGGCGUACGCUGAUGUCAUCAAGCAGAUGUGGUCAGGGCGCCAUUACUCCGUGGUGCCGCGGGUCUUCAAGACCAAAGUGGGCCACUUCGCGUCCCAGUUCCUGGGUUACCAGCAGCACGACAGCCAGGAGCUGCUGUCCUUCCUGCUGGACGGACUCCACGAGGACCUAAACCGAGUCAAAAACAAGGAGUACAUCGAACUCCGGGACGCUGAGGGGCGACCGGACCAGGAAGUAGUGGAGGAGGCGUGGCGGAACCACCGCAGGCGGAAUGACUCUGUGAUCGUCGACACGUUUCACGGCCUCUUCAAGUCCACGCUGGUCUGUCCCAAGUGUGACAAGGUUUCUGUGACCUUUGACCCUUUCUGCUACCUAAGUGUUCCACUUCCUGUCAGUAAAGAGCGCGUCAUGGAGGUCUUCUUUGUGUCUCUGGACCCCCUCGCCAAACCUGUCCAGCAUCGAGUCGUGGUUCCUAAAGCGGGAAAGGUAUCGGAUCUGUGUGCCGCUCUGUCGGAUAUGACCGACGUUCCGCCCGCUCAGAUGGUGGUCGCUGAUGUCUUCAACCAUCGCUUCUAUAAAAUCUACAACGCUGACGAGUCUCUGAGCUGCAUCCUGGACCGGGACGACAUCUUUGUGUAUGAGCUGAGCCUUCAGGAGGAGGAGUCGGUGCUGCUGGCGCUCUACCUGAGGGAGCGCUCCCACUACAGGGACUACGGCUCGGGAAGCGGUUCCUACGGAACGUCGCUGUUCGGACACCCGCUGCUGUUCAACGUGCCGCGCAGCAGCUGCAGCCAGGAGGAGCUCUACCAGCUGUUUCUGCUGAGGCUGGCGCGCUACGUGCGACCUCCUGACCCCUCUGAGGAACUGGAGGAGGAGGAGGAGGAGCUGUAUAAGACUCAGACCAAUGGCGUCAGUGACGACGAGCAGGACCAUGUGGGGACAGCAGGACCGUCUCUGCCAGAACCCCGCUGCAGUGACUUGUCUCCAAACAGCCAAUCGGAGGGCUCCGCACCAACCCAGCCACACGCCGGCACCAACGCUCAGACGUCUCCGGACCGGCCAAACGGCUCUCCGAACCAGACGGAGCCCAUCACCAGCAGCCCUGAUGACAGCGGGGACAUGGGAACCAGCAGAGACGAGAGAGGCAGUGUGGACAUGGUAACCAAUAGGGACAUUGAGACCAGCAGCAACAAAGGGACCAAUGGGGACAAUUGUAUCAGUAGAGACAUGGGUGCCAGCGAAGACACGGGGACUAGCGGAGACAUGGGGACUAGCAGAGACAUGGGGACCAGUGGAGACACGGGGACUAGCAGAGACAUGGGGACCAGUGGAGACAUGGGGACUAGCGGAGACAUGGGGACUAGCGGAGACAUGGGGACUAGCAGAGACAUGGGGACCAGUGGAGACACGGGGACUAGCGGAGACAUGGGGACUAGCAGAGACAUGGGGACUAGCGGAGACAUGGGGACUAGCGGAGACAUGGGGACUAGCAGAGACAUGGGGACCAGUGGAGAUGGAGACAUGGGGACUAGCAGAGACAUGGGGACUAGCGGAGACAUGGGGACUAGCAGAGACAUGGGGACCAGUGGAGACAUGGGGACUAGCAGAGACAUGGGGACUAGUGGAGACACGGGGACCAGUGGAGACACGGGGACUAGCGGAGACAUGGGGACUAGCAGAGACAUGGGGACCAGUGGAGACAUGGGGACUAGCAGAGACAUGGGGACUAGCGGAGACAAGGGGACUAGCAGAGACAUGGGGACCAGUGGAGACACGGGGACUAGCGGAGACAUGGGGACUAGCAGAGACAUGGGGACCAGUGGAGACAUGGAGACUAGCAGAGACAUGGGGACUAGCGGAGACAUGGGGACCAGUGGAGAUGGAGACAUGGGGACUAGCAGAGACAUGGGGACUAGCGGAGACAUGGGGACUAGCAGAGACAUGGGGACCAGUGGAGACAUGGGGACUAGCGGAGACAUGGGGACCAGUGGAGAUGGAGACAUGGGGACUAGCAGAGACAUGGGGACUAGCGGAGACAUGGGGACUAGCAGAGACAUGGGGACCAGUGGAGACAUGGGGACCAGUGGAGACAUGGGGACUAGCGAAGGCAUGGGGACCAGUGGAGAUGGAGACAUGGGGAUCAGCGGGGACAUGGGGACCAGUGGAGACAUGGGGGCUAACAUGAACAUGGGGAUUAGCAGGGACAUGGGGGCCAGCGGAGACAUGGGGGCUAACAUGAACAUGGGGAUUAGCAGGGACAUGGGGACCAGUGGAGACAUGGGGGCUAACAUGAACAUGGGGAUUAGCAGGGACAUGGGGGCCAGCGGAGACAUGGGGGCCAGUGGAGACAUGGGGGCCAGCGGAGACAUGGGGACCAGUGGAGAUGGAGACAUGGGGACCAGUGGGGACAUGGGGACCAGUGGAGACAUGGGGACCAGCGGGGACAUGGGGACUAGCACUAACACCACUUUGGAAGCACUGACGGGGAAACCACAGCAACCUUGUGACACCACAGAAGAAGAAAAUGAGGAACAGAAGCAGGAAGAGGCACGUUCACCAAGUCCUCUUGCGAAUGAGCUCCCAGCAAAGAAGAAGACAUGUCGCAAGAAGAGGCGGAGCCUGUUCACCAUCCAGGCAGUCAACUCCAAUGGGACGACAGAGAGGGGGACGGGAGAAGGAGGCAGCGCCGUGUCCUUCAGCUCUCAGCCGUAUGUGGCAAUCGACUGGGACCCCGAUAUGAAGAAGAGGUUCUACAAUGAAAACGAGGCCGAGCGCUACGUGAAGCACGGCAGCAUGGAGGUUCCUCAGCAGCAGACCACCGUUCAGCUGCAGGAGUGCAUCGACCUCUUCACCACCGUGGAAACGCUGGAGGAGGAGAACCCAUGGUACUGUCCGGUGUGUAAGAAGCAUCAGCUGGCCACUAAGAAGUUAGAUCUCUGGUCUCUGCCUGAGGUUCUAAUCAUCCACCUCAAGAGGUUCUCCUACACCAAGUUCACCAGAGAGAAAUUGGAAACCAUUGUGGACUUUCCCCUCAGAGAUCUGGACUUCUCACGCUUCCUCCUGAGGAGACAUCUGUCCACCGAGGAGCCUCCGAGUUGCUACGACCUCAUCGCGGUGUCCAAUCACUACGGAGGACUCAGAGACGGACACUACACCAGCUACGCCCAGAACAAGGACAACGGGCAGUGGUAUUACUUUGAUGACAGCAAGGUGACGUACGCCUCUGAGGAGCAGAUUGUGACGAACGCCGCCUACGUCCUGUUUUACCACCGACAAGACAAAAUCAGGAAACCCAGUCUUCCCACCCCCAAGGCAAACUCCACCUCCUCUACCACCUUCAACAAUGACAUCACUUCCUGUAAGGAUGAAGAAGCAGGACCGGGUACCUCCUCCGUCACCAUGGAAACGGAUUGAACGUUCAGGUUUUGGCCUGCGUCUCCUCUUUGUUCUGACUGGGUUUCGAACUCGUAACGGCGGGUCUGGUCCUCUCAGGUAGUUUGAUUUAAACUGAAACCCGUCCGGAUUUCUGCUCCGGGAAGGAAAACGACCCGGAAGUUUCACAGUUUAGGUUAAAAACUGAUAAUUUAUUUUUAUCAUUUAAGUUUCUAAAGCUGCAGAUUUUAUGUUGAAAUAAUUACCCACAGGAAGCCCCGCCCACCGAACAGCAGCCAGGGCUCUGAUUGGUUAAAACCGAACCAGUCAGUUCGUGUUUUGUGUGAUUCUGAUUUUUAUGGUGAGCAAAACUGUCAGGGAUUAAGAAUCUGUUUGUAUAUUUUGGUUCUGAUAUUUAUUAGUAAUGGAACCAGCGGAUUAUCAUAUUUAUAGGUGGUGGUUCCACUCAGGAGGGGGGAGGGGCUCCGGAUCGCUGUACAGUAUUUUUUUAUUGUAAGAGUAAUAUUCCUGGGGGGGGGGGGGGGGGGGGUCUUCCCUGUUGAAUAUCAGA